UGCUCCACGCCCAGCGCCCCUUGCUGCUCGACGCCCACGUCCAGUCGCUGGUGUACUGGCGCGAGAUUUUCAGCUCCGGGGCAAAAAAUCUCGAGGAUCUCAUCGCGCUCUUUCUCUGCCUCCUGUUUCUUGAGUUGUUAAACCCUGGAGCUGCUGCCCCAACUCCGUCAUCGCUUCCUCUUGGAUGAUCUUGUCCUCCGCCCGCUGCGCCCGUACCGUGCGCAAGUGCCCCUCCGCUAUCACUCUGCCCCUCUGCUCGAUGGCCAGCUCUGCCGCAAGCUCGCGUCUCAGUUCAGUCUCAUUCUCCAGCAACUUUUCUUUUUCCCUCGCGUCUUCCUGAACCAACUUGUGUUUCGCGGCAGCCUUGCGCUUCGCCGCGGAUUCCUUUUUCAACUUGUUCACGUGGGCCAUGCACUCUAGCUUCAAGGCUUUGUAGUCCUUCGCCUCGAGAGCCUUGUUGCGGCGAGCAUACAACGCUACAUCCAGCAUCGUGCUUCCGUUUCGCUCAGCAUAGUUUUCUUGGACUCUUGCAAAAUUGUUUUUUCGCUUCUUCGUCGACCAUGCUUUU